AUGUUUGUGAACAAAAAAGGCAUUUCUUCACUCCAAUUAGCAGAGGAUCUCGGUGUUCAAUAUAAAACAGCAUGGUUUAUUGAAAAGCGUUUACGAAAAGUUGCUGAAGAUCCUUUGUUUAAGGUUAUUUUCAAAGACUUUGCUGAAUUUGAAGCAGAUGAGACCUUUAUUGGAGGCAAGAGCAAGAAUAAACACAAAGAUAAAAAAAUUCCUCAUUCACAAGGUCGUAGUCUUAAAGACAAGUCUGUAAUAGCAGGGGCAAUAGAUAAAGAAACUGGCACUCUUAUCGCUGAAAAAGUUCCAGAUACUACUCAAGCAACUUUAGAAGCAUUUAUCAAAGAUAAUAUUAAAGAAGGAAGUGCUAUUAAUACGGAUAGACAUCAUGGUUAUAAUAAUCUAUGA